AUGCCAAGAAGAGAAAGAGAAAGAGGUAGAGGACAAGCUUCAGAAGCAGCAAAGUUGGUUAAUGUGCAAGCAAGGAGAGAAAGAAAGAAGCUACUAUUUGCUAAAACGAACUUGGAAGGACAAUUUAGCAUAGAAAGACUGAAGGCGCUAGGUGCCACGACUUAUGAAGGAAUUGCGGAUCCAGCCAACGUGGAGAAGUGGUUACGUUUAGUAAACAAGUGCUUUGGAGUAAUAAGUUGUCCUAAAGCGAGGAAAGUCAAGUUGGCUACAUUCUUGUUGGAAGGAAACGCCAAGGACUGGUGGAUCUUAUUUGAGGCAAAAGCAAGGGAAGUAGAUUUUGUUUCAUGGGAAGAUUUUCGAAGGGUAUUCCACGAGAAGUUUUAUCAUUGUUCCUUUGUUAAGAGAAAAGAAGGGAACUUCUGA